GUAUUGAUUCAAGAACUUAUUUUUGCUGAUUAUGCUUUUGAAAUUCACAUGAAGAAUCCCUUAUCCAGGGGUACCUCAGAGAUUUAUACAGAGAUAGUUAAGGGAUUGGGAGAGACAUUGGUGGGUGCAUUACCUGGACGUGCCAUGAGCUUCAUUACCAAAAGAUCCAAUCUAGACUCUCCAACUGUUAAUGGUUAUCCAAGCAAGCCAAUAGGAUUAUACAGUAAGCAGUCUAUCAUAUUCAGAUCAGACUCAAAUGCUGAGGACCUGGAAGGAUAUGCAGGUGCUGGGUUUUAUGACAGAAAAAAGGAAGCACAUGUCGAAUGUCUUAAAAGAGAAGAAACUUUUCAAGGAUAUAGCUGCAAAGCUUAAAGCAGAUCAUGAAAAGGCCUUUGAGAGUGAUAAUGGUGAAGUUGGAGAUAGAGUCACUUAGUCACGGCGGUUUAUGUUAUUAAAUUUUGGCAACAUGUAAAACACAAUUCAUCACAGUGCCCCUCUCGUGUAUGUAUGGUCUCUUCAAUCAGCAAAUGUAUGAUACUUCCUACAUGCAGGCUUGACAGAUCCAAUGCCAAAUGGCCAACAAAAGUUUUGAACAAAUUGGCGCCAAUCCUCUGCAGCAAACCGUUAAGUUGACCCCAUCUCACUAUUGAUAGAGCUAUGCAAACAUGCAGGGAGUGGGUGGUAUUGCAGAGCAUGAGAUC